ACUUGUACAAGCCAUUCAUCAAUCAACAUCAAAAUGACUUGCAAAGACAAUGCCGCCAGGCCGCGAUGAGUUUAAUGGCCUACCUCGGGACGCCUAUACUGGUAUCCUUCCAGUUGUACCACCCGAUACAAAUAUAGACAAUCCAUCGCGAAAUAAUGCCGCAACUGCCGCGUCAGCUGCGGGUGUCCGUGCCUUGAGUGCUCAGGCCAUCGCUUUCUACUUCAGGGCGCCUGUUAAAGCCUUCUUCCGAACACGAGUGGACUAUCUCGCAUACGCUCGUAGUGUACACCAAACCCAGACGGAGUUACUCGCUCGCGCUGCUGCGAAUGAUCAGACAGCCUCGAGGUUGGGCCUUACAUUUAGGCAAGCAUGGAUGUGGGCACGCGGAACCACCCCGGGAUUACUUGCAUCCGUCAUUCAGCAGCAUGGGUGGAGUGUCAUACCGCAACAGAUCCUGCCACCGUUGAUAGCAAAUGUUGGAGUCGGUGCUAUUUUGUAUACCAGUUAUUUACAUAUUCUAGCUCAACUACAUGAAGAAACUUCAAGAGCGCCGAAGAGGGUAUUCCCUCCGCCUGACCCGAUUCAUACCUUUACUGCAGGUUUUAUAGCCGGAAGUAUCCAAAGUGUGGUAGCAGCCCCGCUUGACGCGAUCCAGGCCCGAUAUGAUCAUCGUGAUCUUAUGUCUAGCAAUGGGGAUGGAAAGCCACGAAGCAUGUGGAAAUUUUCGGCGGAGAAGCUGAGAGAAAUAGGGCUGCGGGGUGUCUUUGCGGGAUGGGGUCUUUCGUUUCUGAAAGAUAGCUUCGGAUGUGCCGUUUUCUUCAGCACUUUUGAGUACGUUAAGGCGCAAGGUUACUAUCGCUUCAUUACCUGGUAUUACGGAGGAUUGAAACCAGACGCUGUUGAUGCACUAGCUCAGAAGAGACCAUCUACUCAAAAAGAUCUAACCGAUAAUGCUACGAAAGACGGCACCCGACCGGUUAUCAUACGGCCACACUACGCGAUCGAACCGAUGUUUUUACUUCUCGCCGGAAUUACAGCGUCGUUCACUCAGCAGCUAUUUCUUCAUCCCUUGACCCACAUUCAAGUCUUACAUUGGGAUCACCUCGAGGACCUAGACGCUAAAGCAGCGAAAAUGAGAAAUUCUACGGUCGCAAAUCCCGAUAAGCCAAGGCGUAGGUGGCGCAUGCUUCGUGCUUACUAUCACGCCUAUCAAGAGACUUGGGGGCAAUGUGUCGCGGAGGCCACAUCAGAAGGUAGAGGUCUGACAAAAUGGUUGUACCGCGGUUUUUGGUGGAACACGAUUCGGCAAGUACCAAGCACCAGUGCUGGUCUAAUUAUUUUCGAGCUGGUCCGGCGCAAAUAUGGAAGCGGAAAUGAACCUGUACGAGUUGCAAAAGACGAUUACGAAAUUCUGCUGGAAUAGAUUUGAAGUCAUGACUUCUUGGCGUUUAAGGUAUCAGGUAUGAGCGUAGGAAUUUCCCACUCGGCGUGAGGCAUCCCCCCCCCCCCCCAACAUAGCGAUGGAGCCCAUCUUAUAUCCCUUUGAUUGUCUCGAAAUAGACAUAGAUAUAGCGCAAAUAUCUGUCUUAUCUCCCCUUGUUUCCAGCACUGCGAAUAAAUGGUUCAAGUGGAAAUACCUCGCCCUCUAGCGUGACACCUUCGUAAAGUUGCGCCCAGCGAUAUCCUAAUACUUUAGGGGUCGGCCAGGCAUUCUCUGGGUCGCGCAGCCAUAGACGCAGGAGAUGUCGGC